AUGAGCGGUGUGCUGCUGGCCGCCCUUCUGGCUUUGGUCUUGGUGCCCAGGGCCCGGGCCGCGUGGCUGGGGAAGCUGGACCCUCGGCAGCUCCUGGGGUCCUGGUACAUUCUCGCCGUGGCCUCUGGGGAGAAGGACUUUGUGGUGGAGAAGGCCACAAAGAACAUCGAGGGGGUCGUGGUGACCCUCACGCCAGAGAACACCCUGAAGAUGCUGUCCUCCCGGCACAGGCUGGAGAGAUGCCACCUGCAUGCUGUGGAACUGGUGAAACAAGAUUCCAGAUGGGUGUUCGGGAAUCCCUCCCUGGGUGUGCUGGAGUACCGGGUGCUGGGCACCAACUUCAGGGACUACGCCAUAGUGCUCACGCAGCUGGAGCUCCAGGACGAGGCCUUCAGCACCGUGGAGCUGUACAGCCGGACGGAGCUGGCCAGCCAGGAGGCCAUGGGCCUCUUCACCAAGUGGAGCAGGAGCCUGGGCUUCCGGUCCCAGCAGCAGGCCAAGCUGCAGAAGGACCUCACCUGUGCACACAAGGUCUUCCAGCUCGCGGCUGCAGGCUGGCCGGACACCCACGCAGGGCUGGUGGCCUGGGACAUUUAA